AUGGCUAUACUGAGCAGCAAAGACAAGGAAGGCGGCUCAACCACCGGUGUCCUAGACUCCGUGGGCCUGAAGUCUGACCCCCACCAUGACGUGCAGGAGGGUAUGAUGGCAGAUAAUGCCGAUAGCCUCCAGCGUCAUCUAGACAAUCGUCAAAUCCAACUGAUCGCCAUCGGCGGAGCUGUCGGUACAGCUCUGUUCGUGAGCAUCGGCACGGGUCUAUACCAUGGUGGCCCGGGCUCGCUCUUCUUGGCCUUCACAACCCAAUGUAUUUUUCCUCGCAAUGAAAUGAGUACUGCCUAUCCCGUUAGUGGUGGCUUUAUUCGUCUCGCUGGUAAAUGGGUCGAUGAGGCCCUCGGUUUUAUGGUUGGCUGGAACUUCUUUUUCUAUGAAGCUCUUCUGAUCCCCUUCGAGAUCUCCGCUUUCACCCUUGUUUUGUCCUUUUGGAGUGACAAGGUGUCUGAGCCUGGCUCGGUCGCGGGUAUUGUCGCUGGAAUCAUUAUUUGCUAUGGUACUUUGAAUAUGUUAGCCGUGAAAGCCUACGGAGAAGCUGAAUUCUGGCUCUCCGGCGGCAAAGUAAUUCUAAUUUUCUCCCUGUUCUUCUUCACCUUCAUCACGAUGGUGGGAGGAAACCCGGACCAUGACGCUUACGGUUUCCGGUACUGGAACAACCCCGGCUCCUUCAUGGAGUACUUGAAUACCGGCAGCUUGGGCCGAUUUGAGGGCUAUCUUGGUUCAUUAUGGUCUGCCUGUUUCGCCGUCGUCGGACCCGAGUAUAUCUCCAUGGUCGCGGCUGAGGCGAAACGCCCACGCAUUUAUAUCAAGAACGCCUUCAAGACGGUCUACAUUCGAUUCGGUCUGUUCUUCAUGGGCGGUGCUCUGGCUGUCGGCAUUGUCUGCUCUUGCCGCGAUCCCGCCCUUGUUGCCGUGGCUUCUGGUGAGAAGUCUGAUUCUUCCGCGUCUGCGUCGCCUUAUGUUAUUGGCAUGACCAACAUGGGGAUCAAAAUCUUCCCAUCGAUCGUUAAUGCCCUGCUGUUGACUUCCAUCUUCUCCGCCGGAAACACAUACUUCUACUGCGCCAUCCGUACCCUGUACAGUCUGGCGUUAGAAGGCCGCGCGCCCCGCAUCCUCACCCAUACUACUCGCAAGGGUGUGCCAAUUUACUGCUUCGCCGUGGUUAUGAUCUUCCCCCUGCUCUCCUUCCUUCAAGUGUCGAACAGCUCCUCCAUCGUCAUUACUUGGUUCGCUAAUCUGGUCACCGCCGGUGGCCUAAUUAACUAUAUCACUAUUUGCAUCACUUAUAUCUUCUUCCACCGUGCUUGCAAAGCGCAAAACCUUGACCGCCGUCAGUUCUCCUACUACGCCUGGCUGCAGCCCGGAUGCGCAUAUAUCGCACUUGUCUGGAUGGUGAUCGUUACUAUCCUUUACGGAUACCCAUCCUACAAGCCGUGGAACGUGCAGACCUUCUGGUCCGACUACACCAUGCAAAUUGUCAUCCCGCCGCUCUUCCUCAUCUGGAAGCUCCUCAAGAAGACCAAGUUCAUCAAGGCCCACGAGGCCGAUCUUGUCUGGGAACGGCCACUUAUCGAUGCCUACGAGGCAAGUUUCGUUGAUCCACCCGUCGGCUUCUGGAGGGAGGUCCUUCAACUGGUCGGGAUUGGACGGAUCAAGGGCGGAAACGAUAAACGUCGUUAUUCGACCGCCGCACCGAAUGGUUCUUCGACUGGUGUGGAUGUUUAA